AUGCUUGGCAUGAAGGAGAUGAAGCUAAUUGCGGAGACGUGCAUUAUUGGAGGCAGCUACAUCCUGAUUAGUGCCAGCCUGAUCGCCUUCAACAAGUAUUUGAUGAAUGUGGAGCGUUUCCCUCAUCCAAAAGCCAUGACGGCAAUGCACAUGCUGAUGACCUCGGUCAUGUCUCUGCUGCUCUACACUGCCGCGCCAAGCCUCUAUCCAACGAUGGGAAAAGCGCGCGAGAACUGGCGGGCGCUGUUGCAGUACAUCUUGCCGCUGGGAAUGCUGUUCGCCCUGGCCUUGUAUUGUUCGAACCGCGCCUACCUCUACUCGAGUGUUGCCUUUCUGCAGUUCUGCAAGGAGGGAAACGUGGCGCUGAUCUUCGCCAUGUCCUGUGCACUCGGCCUUCAGGCCUUCAGCUGGACAAAGGUCGCAAUCCUAAGCAUCGUUGUGAUGGGAUGUUCAUUAUGUGCACACGGUGAGAUCAACUUCGUUUGGAUGGGCUUCAUGCUCCAGAUCACCUCGCAGUUCGCAGAAUGUUCCAAGAAUCUGAUUGGAGAAGUCGUGAUGACUGGAGCGGGGAUGAAGCUGGACGUGCUUACCUUUGUCAUGUUCCAAGCACCUUGCUCGUUGGUGCCCUUGUUGAUCAGCGUUGUGAUUUCAUGGGAGCCUGUAGUUUGGACGGACUUCUCGUCACAUUGGCCUAUGAUCAUGCUGAAUGCCCUCAAUGCAUUCGCGCUCAACCUUAUCAUCGCUACAGCUCUCAAGCGGCUCUCUGCAGUUGCCUUCGUGAUCAUUGGUAUUGUCAAGGACUCUGUCAUUGUGGCAACAUCCUCUUUCGUGUUCGGCGAGCACAUCUCGACGCAGCAGCAGAUCGGUUUCGUUGUGAUCAUGACGGGCAUUGCCCUGUGGGGCAACUUGAAGAUCCGAGAGCAGUCCGAGAAGGAUAAGCUGAGGGAGACGGAGCCCCUCAGCAAGGCCUGGAAAAGCCUCAGCAUGUUUGGAGGUGCCACGCAGCCGUACGCGCUGUCACAAGCCUUUGAGCUGCCCCCGAUCGAGGGACACAAAGACUGGUGCUGGUCCUUUCCCUUUGCUUCUGCCGAGGCUUGCUGCUUCCGGGCCGAAGCCACCUCAGUCCAGGUCCAAGGUCGAUGCUGGCCGGAGGCCUUGAUCGGGGUGGCCUUCCUGCUCUGUUGCCUCUCUGUGGAGCACGCUGCCACCGUGAAGGCACGCGAGUUGCUUGCUGACCGAUGGUCAAUAUCACCUGGAAGAGGACUGCUGAGUCCGCCGGCGUUGCUCGAGGACCUGGCUGGAGGUUUCGGACCCCUCCACAGCGCCUAUCAUGCCAAAGAUGCGGGGGUGCUACUUCAGCUGGUGAUGGCGCUGCCGGUGGUCUGGGCUCACCUUGGAGCUACCGCCAGGCUCGCACUCGAGAUGCUCAAGUGGAUGGAUGAUGCAGGGGCUUCAGUGGCAUCCUCCAGUGGCCCAGGGCGAUGGAAUCAAAGUUUCGAGGACCUUGCUGCACCAGCCUCCAUACAUCCCUGGCGGGUGGAGCCUGGAUGGGAGAUACUCAUGGUGGAGCUGCAGCCUCCUCCUCAUCAGCUGUCGCUGGCCACGAUCCCCAUCAGUGCCGAGGACGUAACGAGCCAUGGCCUUGACUCCAAGCUGUGGGAUCCCCCUUUGAGCAUCGCGUCUCUGCUGCAGCGGCAUGUUUGGCGUGUGCAGCAGCUGCUGGGAGGGAGUUACGAACCGCUCAAAACAGUUUGGGAGCUCAGCCGGGAGAUGACACUGCUCUCCCAAAGCUUGGUGCUUUUUCUGACGACCUUGGACUUGCGUCGCUCGCUGAAUCGUCCAGGACCGCAGUUUCGACUCGCCGAUGUGCCGGUCCAUUCUGGAUGCUGCGAGCGCUACCGAAUCCUCAGUGGGCUUUUGGAGCGACUGCGCCAGGAUCUUGGGAAGACGAAGCUGGUGUACGUUGAGGUGGGCGUUGCAGACGGGCUGACGGCACUAUUUCUGCUGCGUCUUCCGUGGCUGCAUGCCUACCUCGUGGAGAACCAGCCGAAGGAGAGGCUGCUGAGUGCUUUGCGUCCAGUACAAGACCGGGCCCACCUGCUUCCGAUGGACAGUGUUGAGGCGGCCGCGAAGUUCCGGGAAGCGGGCCUGGUAGCUGAUGUUGUGUUCCUGGACGGAGAUCACAGUGCAUCUGGAAUUCGACGGGACUUGGCUGCCUGGGUCCCUGUUCUUGGAGACGGCGGCCUCCUCGCGGGCCACGACUUCUCCUGGGACUGGGCAGUGAAAGUGCUGGGUGUCAUUUUGUUUCUGAGCUGGAAGCGCCAGGAGCAUCCUGGAAUCCUGGAAACAAUCUUCCACGAGCGAGCAGGCUCCGAGUUGUACCUGGCCCCUGACCAUGUGGCGGUCUCAGGUGCAAGCGGUUUUCUAUUGGUUCCAGAGAUCCAACCAGAGCGAUGUGCAUACUCGGAAAAAACUGUUAGUUGCACUGGAUUCGCACAGUGUCGCGAGCUGCUGGACUUGACUUGCUGUUAUGGCGGUGUAUCCGUGCCGAUCGUGGUGCUUGCAGCAAAAAUGGACAGAUCUGGCACUGUUGAUGAGCCUCAGCCUGUUACCAUCAAUUUGCGUAGGCAGGUGGAUGCCUGGCAAUCGGACCGAAAGGACCGCCGAACAAAGAGCCUGUGCCUUGGAGUUUGGCAGUCGAUCGUGCAGUGCAAUGAGUCGGCGUUGUCGACCGCAGCGGAUGGUGAAUCUGAGCACAUUUGCGGUCCGCUGGCACCAGCAGUGGCAGUGGCAGCCUUCCGGGGAGCCGUAGCUAUGGACGUCAAGACCGGCGGCGCGCCGCUGCUGAUCGAGGUGUCCUCCCACCUGGAAUCAAUCACAAAGGUGCUCUUCUCUCAAGAAAAGCUCGAGAAGACCAGCUUGGCCGAGGCCCUUUGGCCCAUCCUGGAAGGCUCCGGCUGGGAGGAGGAGCGGAUCGACGCAUUCUGCAGUACCUGCUGGGAGGUGGUGACCUCGGGAACGGCUCCCCUUGGCUCCGUUUUUGCCAGACGAGAGGAGGUGUUUGCCGAAUCCGCUGGGCUCAAGACCAGAGGGCUGGAAGACCUUGAUGGGCACUUGCGCGGGAGGCGGAAGCUGAGAGGAAAUGGACCUGAGACUGGCCUCCUUGCUUUAGAUUUCGCAAUUGUGCCUUCCAUGCCGAUGCAGGAGCAGGCCCAGCUAGGAGAGCAGCUCUCAGCAGCUGAUGCCACGCACAGGCACAACGUCGAUGCGUCGCACCCGAGAUCACACAAAUGGCUUCCGGCGGCAGACUCUACAGAUCGGCAAAAGUUCGAGCGGCGCUGUGUCACGUGCGACAAGUACUUCACUGGCAACGGAGCACUUCUGGAGCAUCUUCGCGACUCGGUGCAGCAUGCUCACGGGUAUUUGAAGAUCCUGACCUUUGACAUCGCUAGCCCCUUUGCCACGAACUCGACAGCACGGGGCCGCACGGCCUUUGGCUCAGGCCCUGUUCCUUUUAUUACGCUUUGUAUCGACCAAGGCGAGGUUCACCAAGUCGACCUCGUGAUCCUUAAGAAGUGA